AUGAUGGGUAAGCAGAACAUCCCCAUCAGAGGUCACGUUCCAGAGGAGAGCAACUUUCAUGCCACCCUUUCUCUAACUGCACAGCAAAACUCCAUCCUCCAAAAUCAUCUUGAGCAGGCUGGGCCAACAGCAAAGUACCCAAGCCCCGAAAUUCAGAAUGAGCUAUUGGACAUUACCGCAUCACAGAUCUUAAAUGCAGUUGUGCCCGACUGUAAAAGAGCUCAGUGCUAUGCAUUUGUUGCUGAUGAGUCCACAUAUAUUGGAGUAAAGGAGGAAAUUUCAUUGUGUGCUCACUUUGUUGACAAAAAGGAAGAUGGUAAACACUAUGUCCAGGAAGAAUUCCUAACUUUCGUCCAUGCAGAAAAUGGCACAAGUGCAGAUUCUCUGACAGCGCAGUUCUUGGAUGCCCUGAACAAUAUUGGUUUCUCUGUUGACAAAAUGAGAGCAUAG